CCGCGCCUCCUUGUCCAUGCAUUCCCUUGCUCACAUCACCUCACCUGCCUAUAAAAAUCCACAGGGCCGCCCUUUGACUCCUUCCCUGCUCCAGUCCAGUGUCCCGGCCGCUUUCUUGCGUUCUUGGAGAGUCUAGGUGGUGCCGAGAGAGUGUGUGUGAGCAAGCAGGAGGAUCCAUGGCGGCAGACAAGGACAAGGACAAGGAGAAGGCCUGCGCGGGGUACCAGCACGGGCCGCCAUGGGUGUUCAAGGGCAGCGCACUGUACCAGCUGCAUUUGGUGAAGGCGUCGACGGCGCGCGCCUUCGUGCCCCGGGACCUCCGCCUGGUGGAGGCCUUCGGCUACACGCUCGGCGGCAUGUUCCUGGCGCGCUACCACGACAGCCCCGCCGGCGAGUUCGACGAGCUCGUGGUGAUCGCCGGCAUUGUGUGGAACCCGCCGACCUCCUGCGCGUGGGCUGCCAGGGUGCUGGUGAACAGCAUCGAAGCCUGCCGGCACGGCCGCAAGGAGGUAGGACUACCAAGCCAUGUUGCUACAUUCUCAAAGAAUGAAGCUGCUUCACUCGUGGAUAAACCGUUGGUCAAACCAAACAGCUUCCUUAACAUGCUAGGGAUCGGGUCGACAAUCUCCAAGCAAGGGAGUGGCUGUGAGAUUGAGAUUUCAGAGACCAAAGGCUCAUCUAGUAGGCAUUUGUGCAACAUCAGCCUGCCACUUAACGCAGGAUCACAUAAGAACCACAAGUGGAUGGGCCCAGCAAUCAGAAUGUCACUUCCAAGUUUCAGUGGGCGGACAGAGGACCAUCCUGAUCUUCUCAAGUACUCCUGUCAAGUAGAAUGCAGGGUGCGCCCUGUAAAGCCUGCUAGGAUUUGGAGUCCAAGAACGGCAGAGCCACAGGAAAAAUCUGACGGCAAGAUUAACAGUUCUGGGUCUAACGUGGUAGCUGACUUGGAUGCACAAAGCCAGAGCAUUUCAGUCUUGUUGUCCAGGCCCAUUUUCGCUCUUGAGUUCAGCUCCCUGAGGAUGCACGUUGACGCUCCCAAGAUCGUUGUUCCACACUGCAAGAAGAAGAAAGUAGGAUACUCAAGCACUUAAAUCUGAAGGAGCUGUGCAAUAGUAUGGUUAAAAGAACACCGGGAGUUUUGGCCACGUUUGACCCGGUUGCUUGAUGAAUUCAUGCAGUUUUUGGUUGCUUUUACCACAAGAUAUUCUUUUCUUGGUUUUUUUUUUCUUGGCAAUGUUCUUUAUCUUGUCUAUAAGAAAUAUGUCACAUUUGCAUAGCAUAGUACUUGUUUAAUUCAAAACUGGGAGUAGUUUGAUUCAUGUUGCAAAUUGUCA